AUGGCGACCCACAUUAGGAAUGGUGCAGGCGUUGUGACGUGGAUCGUUGAUGCUGACGAUCAUGACGAGCUGCUGCCACUGGGGCAUACCGACAAGCUGCUUCUAGAGGGACCUCUUUUCGAACGAGGCUAUUUCAGCGACUCAGCCAAGACAGCAGCGGCGUUUAUUGAAGACCCCAAGUGGUUGUUGAGGGGAUCUAUCUCUCACCCCGGCCGGGAAGGCAGACUGUACAAGACCGGCGACUUGGUCAAGUACAACCAUGACGGUUCUCUUGCGUUUGUCGGUCGCAAAGACACUCAAAUCAAGGUGAGAGGGCAGCGUGUCAAGCCAGGAGAAAGCGAAGCCGUUUUGCGGAGUCACGAGAGCGUGGACGGCGCUGUCUUUCAACGUCUGACUGACCAAGAGCUGUGGCUUGUUGCGUUUGUCACUUUGCGCGAGGGCGAUGGCAAAAUACCACAGAGCCAAUCACCUGUUGACGACAAGACACAAUUAAAGCAAAAAAGGAUUCAGGCCUGGGAAGAAGAUUUCGACGGCGAAACUUAUCUGGCCAUCGGCGCCACCGAGGCCGAAAACAUCGGACGGGACUUUAUUGGGUGGUCGUCCAUAUACGAUGGAAGUGAGAUAGACAAAGUCGCGAUGAACGAAUGGCUGGACGACACAAGCGGACCUACUAUUAUAUAG